AUGGACUCCACGGCAACCGGCGUCAAUGCGUCGUCCUUCACAGCGGCCCCAGAGCGGGCCACCUUUGACGGCUUCCUGUUCGACAUGGAUGGCACCAUCAUCGAUUCGACGCCGGCAAUCGAGAAGCAUUGGCACAGCAUCGGCCAGGACAUUGGUGUUUCUGCCAACGUCAUCCUCCAAACAUCGCAUGGUCGCCGCAGCAUCGACGUCCUGAAGAUUCUUGCCCCUGAAAAAGCAAACUGGGACUGCAUCUCGCUCGCGCGCGCGCGCGCUCUCUCUCACUCUCACUUAAACUCUCUCCGCCAUGCUGCACGCGCCGCCCCCUGGACCAUCGUCACCUCGGGCACCGAGCCCCUCGUCACAGGCUGGCUCGGCGUCAUGGCCCUGCCGCACCCCGACCAGAUGGUCACCGCAGAGUCUGUCGAGAACGGAAAGCCGGACCCCGCCUGCUAUCUCUUGGGCAGGCAGAGACUGGGGCUCGAGGGCGAUGCCAAGCGCGUUCUCGUGCUCGAGGACGCGCCCGCUGGCAUCAGGGCAGGCAAGGCCGCUGGCUGCAAGGUCAUCGGUCUCGUCACAAGCCACACUGUCGAUCAGGUCGCCGCCGCCGAGCCAGACUGGAUCGUGAGAGACCUGUCCUCGGUCAAGGUGGUUGAGAGCAAAGACGGCGUCGUCACUCUGGAGAUAUCCAACGGACUUGUGCAGUGA